CAGGUCACAGGGGGCAUGACAUAAAUACACGAUUGAAAUCAGUUGCAUUAAACCUCAUACCUGACAUGGACAACCACUGCCCCAUUCUUGCUGCACCACGUUGUUGACCCCAUUCAGAGCUGAUUCCACGCAGGUCUUGUCGUAAUCGUCUAAACCGCUAAGGGCAUCCUGUACCGGACGUAGCGUUCUUUAGUGCCUUCUUCUACUGCCAUGCAUAAAAGCGACUGUGCAAGUUUACCUGCAGGGCGUUAUAAUCCCUGGUGAAUGGUACCAGCAGCUCCCAGAGGGACGAGAAGGCCAUAAGCGCGGUGAACUCCAGGCGAUAGUUGGAGGCCAUGUGUUCAAACAACAUGUUGAGGCCGUGGACAGCCAGGUUCUUCCUCUGGAACUCCUCGCUGCUGUCCUGGGACACUGGCCUCGUCAUGGACAGGGACGCGUCCACCAAAACUACAAUUGAUUCUUCGUAGUCAAUAUUAACAUUUUCUCUGGAAAAAAUGAGAAGACAUCUGUACAUAAUAUUCCUCUUCCUUGGGCUUUUCAUCAGACUGCAUAACUCUUCUCCGACACCUCAAACUGGAGAGGAUGUUGGAUCUUCCUCGUUUAAGGCAACCACUGCACCUCCACCACUACAAAGCAUGUAUCAGCAGAAUUCCUCCAACAUGUCCUUCUCACAAGACAUACCAGCAACCAUCAGUCCGUCGUCUUCUCACAGGAACGGAGAAUACCCUGCUGAUCUUUUUUCUUUGAAAGAGCGCAGACAAGGCUGGGUGGUCCUCCACAUGAUAGGCAUCGUGUACACCUUUGUGUCACUUGCAGUUGUGUGCAAUGAGUUAUUUGUUCCUGCACUGUGGGGCAUCAUAGACAAGUUAGACAUCUCCCAUGAUGUCGCAGGGCCUACCAUCAUGGCCGCCGCUCGAUCAAUCCCUAAGCUUGUCAUUACCAUCAUAGGAGAUUUCUUCUCUUACAGCAUUGUGGGUAUGGGCAACAUUGUUGGCUCGGCAAUUUUCAACUUUCUGUUUGUGGUUGGACUGUGCGCUCUGUUUUCCCUGGAAGUUCUUCAUCUAACCAAAUGGCCCUUUUGUAGAGAUGUAACCUUCUACAUACUGGACCUUGUCUUACUCACCACCUUUUUCCUGGAUAAUGUCAUCACGUGGUGGGAGAGCAUGGCGCUGGUGGCCAGUUACAUCUUCUAUUUAGUUGUCAUGAAAUUUAAUGUGCAAAUCAAAUUGGCCUUCCAGACACAUAUACUUAAGGAGAGGGACACUUUUGAGACUAUAUCCAGAGAGGAACCAAAGGAAUCUAGAGCGAAAGAUAAGUCACUGGAUGAAGAGAAGAAUGAUCCCUUAAAGCCACUUGAGGAGCGUCUGUCUAUAAAAUGGCCGCACACUUGCUGUAAACAAGUCACCAGUCUUCUCCUGGUGCCCAUAUACCCUCUGUUGCUCACCGUUCCACAUGUCUGUAAAAAAAAUUCCAGAAAAUUCUUCGUUGUCACACUUCUGAGCUCCAUUUUAUGGAUUUCUGUCUUCUCCUACCUCAUGGUGUGGUGGGCCCACCUGGUAGGUGAGACAUUCAGCAUACCAGGGGACAUACUAAGCCUGACUGUUCUGGCUGCAGGAACGUCCAUCCCAGACAUCAUGACCAGUGUGGUUGUGGCCCGUGAAGGCUUUGGUGACAUGGCCGUUUCCAGUUGUCUGGGCAACAACAUCUUCAACGUGACUAUAUGUCUUCCGGCAAAAUGGCUGCUGUACUCGCUCAGCCACGGGUUGAUGGUCCUGCCUGUCAGCACCAACGGGCUCCUCUGUGCAUUUGUUCUGCUUUUCCUCACGCUCCUCUUCUUCAUCAUCUCCAUCGUAUCCUGUAAAUGGAAACUUUGUAAGACGCUGGGUUUCAUGAUGCUACUGCUUUACGGUUUCUUUGUCAUGGUCAGUGUAAUGCUACGAUACCACAUUAUAAUGUGUCCUCUUUAACCCUUUCAAUUAUGAUCAUCUAUUUUAGGAUUUUUUUACACGAGGGACUUUUUUUUAAUUACUUUCAGAAUUAAAAAAAAAUCAAGGAUUUGGAAAAUGUCCACCUGUUAGUGGUGUAAUUGAUUAUGUAUGCAUGUACAGUAUAUUAGUGUUGUCCCGAUACCAAUAUUUUGGUACCGGUACUGAAAUGUAUUUCGAUACUUUUCUAAAUAAAGGG